AUGACAUGCAUAAUACCAGACACUCAACUCUUUAUUUACGGAGGAUACAUAAAAGAAUACCGUGCACGAAAGGACGCAAUUAUGAUUGAUUUAGUCUCAAUGGAAUCAAAAAUACUAAAAUCAGGAAAAAAGCGUGCUGGAGGAGGUUUGGCCCAAUUUGGAGGGCAAAUUUAUAUAUUUGGAGGUAUUAAAAAUCUUAAGUGAAAUCAUAUAGAGUGUGAUAAGUACGAUAUACGAACUAAUACUUGGAUAAGUAUAGCUAGCUUGCCUUGUGGCUCAGGAGCAGUUUGUGCAGAAGUAUUUGGUAAUGAUAUUCUGGUUGCAGGAUUCUGGCUAGACGCGUUAUAUUCUUAUUCAAUUGGGAAAAACACUUAUUCGCGUUUAUUUGGCCUCAUAACUGAAGAAAGAAAAAUGCUUAUUGUAUCUGAAGGCAGAGUAUGAAUUAUGUGUAACAAUUUUGGGUUUUUUGAAAGUCAACAAUAUGGUCUCUCAAGAUGAAAUAGGAUAUAGUUUGAGCCUUCUAAUGGCUCGAGCUAUAUAGACAUCUUGGCUUAAGCAGAGAAAUUAGCUUUAGCAACAUUGUUGGUAAAACCAACUCCCAGAUGACAAGUUCAUGUGCCACUGAAGAGAUUUUCUAUUGGAAUUGGAUUUUUGACAGCAAAUGCUGGUAAAGCUACUCCCCUACUGAUGUCGGAAGAUGUCGAUAUCGCCUAAGCAAAAAGGAGGCUCGGGUUAUAUGCGGUGUAACAAACCUUGGGCUUUACAUGACUCAGUACGUAAAAUUUGAAAAUAAAUUAUAUUUUGAAGAUGGAUAUAUGAAUGUUUAUUCUUUUGAUUUAUCAACCAGAAAGUUUAGAAUUUUACAAUAA